CGCAGAGAGCAUCUCGUUUUUCAUAGGUUGAUGGAAACUGGGCUAUCGUCAAAAGGAAAUGUGCGGGUUGUCGAGCAUCGACUCCACAAGCCUGAGCUAUAGGAAACGAAUAACGAAUACAUUUUCAUGAGCCUGUUUUUAUAGUACCACAUUGGUGCCAGUGGAAUCGUUGAGGGUGAGAGAGGAAUAGCACGUCUGAUCACGACAGGUGAAUUGCGGUAAAUUGCUUGAUUUAUACUAUUAUAUAACAUAUGUAGGGCAUUGCUGACAAAUCGUCCGCAUAAAGGAUUGAUAGUAGGUAGGUCAAAAGUAGUGUUUUUAGGCCCAUUAAGAAGUCACCCAACAUUGUGUGGGAAUGGCUCGAUUUGACCGCCAAGUUAAUUUUUUUGCAUUUCAUAGAGUAGUGAUUUUUAAGCGAAGUAUAUUGCAUUUGCUGCCAUCGGAUUCACUAUAGCCUUGUAUGCAUUGUAACAAUGUAGCCUAACAACUGAACAUAAAAUAAACAAAUUGAAUGGAAUCGUAAACGAAUGAAGACAUUGCUAUCUAUGAAGAUGUUAAAAGAAGGCUAGAUAAAACAAUGUUAUUGUAGGGCUACUUGAGUUUAAUUCGUAAAAGCAGCAGGGCAACGUUGUAUUUCUACUUGUGAUCAGUUUCAGCACCAAGGACAGCGACUUAUCAGUUCCUUAUUUUUGAGGCUGCAGCUUUGAAGACUGGGCGGUUCCGCAAGCCUUUUCCACCUGAAGAUCUUUUCUCUUGUCCUCCUGUCCUGUUUGUCAACUUCUCAUCAAGAGCUGCUUUUUGUUAGUGAAUAUCUCACUGAAGAUGGUGGAGGAGGUAAGUGCUGCUCCCUAAUUUAAUAAUGUGGACAGAGUAGUGAUCUAUGCUGCUGUUAUUAUAUGCUGACCAUGCACUACUCAGGCAUACUAUACUUUGACCAUACAAUGUGUGGCCCCUCAAAAGGUCCCUUAACAUUUGCAUGGGUACAAUCCAUCAAAUGAUUUCCAAUUCUGUUGCAUGCAGUCAGAAUGUCAUGUGACUGUUCAAAACCCACUUCAUGGUUGUGGGUGUUGUACCAUCCAUGCUGUAUAUCAGUGAGUCAUCCUCAUGUUCUAUGCUGAGCUUCCAUGAGCGACCCAGUGAUAGAAUUGGACAGUUUACUGUUCUAUGAAUUAUAGGGUCCAGAAAUAGCUUUUAGGUAAUGACAGUUAUCAUGCCAUAGGCUAUGGCAUACAAUUCUGAUCAUUAAUCUCUGAUAUUGACAUAAUGAAAUAACCCAAGGCCAUUUGGAUCUCAAUCUAUGUUGUGGUAUUGAAUAUAUAGCCAAAGCUAAUCAACUCAUCAAUACAAUUUGGCCUCAGCGUCCUGCAUUACAUGAAUGGGUUUGAUUGGUUCUCGUAGAUGAAGGAGAUAAGAGUGACCAGUUCAGUGAAUGUUUCAAAGAAUUAGACCAGAAUCUCUAUCGCUAUUAUACUGAGAGAGAGAGAGAGAGAGAGAGAGAGAGAGAGAGAGAGAGAGAGAGAGAGAGAGAGAGAGAAAGAGAGAGAGAGAAUCUCCAAAGUACGCUUUGGAAAUAUGUACAUUCUUAUGUCAUGCCAAUAAAGGAAAUUGGAUUUAAUUUAAUUUAAUUGCGAGAGAGAGAGAGGUAUUUUCCCUCCCACAAGGCAUUGGUGCAAGGAGCAGCAAUGCCAUGUUUUAUCGCUGUGUGUUUUGGUCUAUUUUAGCAAGUGCCACCUCCAGGCAGUUGUUAUGACAACGAGGAUGAGACAGAUUCUCUUGGAUGGAGGGGGCUAUGGAGGAAGCAAUGUGUGCAUUGUUAGAAACAGGGAGGGGAAAAAGAAAGGGAAAGAGAUGCAGUCUGGGAGGGGGCUAUGGAAGAAGUAGUGUGUUAUAUCAUUAGAAAGAGAGGGAGGGGAACAAAAAGAGGGAAAGCGAGAUGGAGCCCUGAGUGUACAGUUCACUAAGGUCAGAUGGAUAAGUUCCACUUCUGUGACUCUGAAAAGGACUACCCUGUAGCAUGCUUAUUUUUAUUUGAGCGUUUGCUCACUUUGCAAACAACCAUAUUACUAGGCUAUUAGCACAGAGUUGCAUUGUAAACAUAACUGAGGUAUGACGGUGCGUAAUCGUGAAAUGAACACGCAGUAUUUGGCCGGGCUGAAAAUUAAGCGCUCUUUUACCACAGUCUUAUUUUAAAACUCACUCAACUCUUAUCCUGUUUCAUGACUUGGGUGUUCUUUUAAAAUGACGCAUUCAAUAUUGAUCAAAUUAUUGAGCAAAUCAAGAUAAUUUGAUCAAUUAGUACACUAUUUUGAAUGCAUCUCAUGGCUGCUUAUUUCUACUGAGUCAUUGUGACUUGACAGGCAGCAUGGGGGGUUAGGGGAAGAGAAGAAUAGAGAUGGGGACUGGUGGAAGGUGAACUUCAGUAUAUAAACAGAGUGAGAGGGGGAGGGAAGAGAGAGGGGGGGGGGAGCGGGUAUGGUGGGGGCUAUGGUGUAUUGCGCCUGUUUGUUUACAGUGUGUUAAAAUACCACAGACUGUCACAAUGUAUGUUUUGCGGACACACGCUUUGUCUUGUGAUACAUCCCUGCCUACUUCAGUUCCUGUUUUUCAUUGGGAUUUCCGUUAAAGAUUUGUAUGGGUUUUGUGAAAACAGUUCCACUAUUGAAUGGAGCCACCAUCACUUUGGGAGACCUUCCCGUCAAAACACAGAGGUGAAAAACACAGCAAAUAUAAGCAAUUCAAAUAUGUUUGGAAAUCAGACAUAUGGUGGAAGAGAAAAUGUAAUUCAGACAUUGUUGAUGAGUAGGGGAAGAGAUGGAAGGGCAAUGUUUAUAAUGGACCAGAAUUGCAUCAUUCAACUAUAGUUAGAUGUAAGGUGAUGUAAAGAUCAAAUAAAUUAUACUGAUGCCAAGAACAUUUUUGAUCUUAUUAUUUAAUUGUAUUCACAAGGCAAUUUACAACCAACAUUUGGGGCCUUAUUAACAUUUCCUACACUGGUCCCUCACAUCUCUUCUCUCACAAACUGAGGCUCACACACGGUCUAAACACCACCUCAACCACAAGCUCUAAAGGUGGACCAAAGGGCACCUAAGCCGCGAGGCAUGGCCAGUCCAGUAUCACAUAACCUCUAACAAUAUGCUUUCUCAGCAGUGUCUCUGCAUAGUGUUCUAUAUUACAGGAUUCAGCAGAAAAGACCCAGUGGCCUGAUUUAUAUGGCCUUCAAGGAGUUUAAUUUGAGAACUGGCUACAGCAUCAUUUAAGAGCACAGUCCGAUGUAAAUCAAUCAAUCAAUCAAUCACAUUUAUUUAUAAAGCCCUUUCUACAUCAGCAGAUGUCACAAAGUGCUAUACAGAAACCCAGCCUAAAACAUCAAACAGCAAGCAAUGCAGAUGCAGCCUGCAUUUUGGUAUCCAGCAUGUAGCCUAAUGCAUAUGCAUAAGGCUAUAAAGUGGUCUGCUAAUGUUAUAAUGUAUACUUUAGCAGAUUUAUUCAACUUAUUUAAAGACUGGUGAAAUACCUUUUGUAUGGAAAUGUCCCCGAGUGACCCCUCUUCAUAAAGGUGGAAACUCCUUAGACCCAAAUAAUUAUAGUCCUACAGUAUAUCAGUAAUCUGUUCAAUAGCUAAAAAUCUUUGAGAAAUUAAUAUGUUCCCAACUGUAUCAGUACCUAGAUUAAUUUAAUUUAAUUUCACCCUUUCAAUCUGGCUUUAGACCCAACCAUUCUACUACUACAGAAUUAGUGAAACUCACAAAUUAAAUACAUUCUUAAUCUGACCAAGGCACACUAACUGUUGCCAUCUUUAUUGAUUUAUCAAAAGCAUUUGGUUUAGUUGAUCAUUCUAUUUUACCAGGAAAACUUAAAAACAUUGGUUUCACUAACAGACACAUAACUGGUUCCAUGCGUAUCUUAGCAAUAAAAAACAAUGUGUUUUCAUAGGACACAAAUCACAACUUCUUGUACUCAGUAGAGGUGUACCUCAAGGCUUAGUAUUGGCCCCCCUUCUUUUCUCUAUAUUCAUAAAUGAAUUGCCUCUAAUGUGUCAGAAUAAACAUGUUCACUGAUACGCUGAUGAUACAGUGCUCUCCAAGAUUAUUUUACCUCUUUACAAAAAUGGUUUCUUGCAAAUAAUUUGGUUUCAAAUCAAACAAAGUCCUAUAUCAUGCUGUUUGGUACACGGCAAAUAAUAAACUCCACAGCUGGCAAUUUCAAAAUUCAUGGAACAAUGCUUAAAAGUGUUGGGUUUGAGGAUAGAUUCUGAAUUAUCUUUUGGAAAGCAUAUUGAUUACAUUAGAAAAACAAUUAUCUAUAAGCUUGGGUUACCAGAUCUAAUAAUUGAUUUACUGUAUCCAUUAGAAAGACCUUAGUUAACCCAACUGCUGCUUCCUAUCCUAGACUCUGGUGGCAUAAUCUAUCAAAACACAACCAAUACCUUACUUUGCAAAUUAGAUGUCAUUUAUAACAAUCUUUGCAGAUUCAUUCUUGGAUGCCAUUUAUAAGACAUCAUUGCACAAUGUAUGCAUCACUAAAUUGUCUGUCACUCCCAAACAGAAGACAACUGCAUUGGUACCAAUUUAUUUUUAAACGUUUCAACUUAAAUUUUCCUGUAUAUAUUAAGGAACACCUAACUUUACAAGACUCACACUACUCCUUUCGACAACAGCAGCAAUUACAAAUUCCAAGGGUACAUCCUGAGGUUGGAGUAAGAUCUUUCAGAUACAAAGGCCUAACUGACAGGGAUAAUCUACCUAUAGAAAUUAGGGCAUUAAAAUCACACAGUGAAUUUAAGAAAGUAAUUUUUCAAAUGUUAAGAACAAACUGUUUGUGAUUUUAACUAAUAAAAACAUCACCAUGUGAAGAUAUUUGUAAAUAUAUACCUGUAUGUAUGUAUAUAUUAUAGGUACUUAGUUGUAUUAGUAUUUAGCAGUAGUUUGUAUUAGUUGUAAGCCUAUGAGUAGUUGUACAACAACUUUUUGAUGUUGUCAAUGUACAUUUGUAUUAUUAUUAUUUCAUUGUUAUUAUUAUUAGACAGUAGUUGCCAUAUUAUUCUUGCUACUAAGUAUUGUUUUUUGUAAAAAAAACUAAAUAAUCACUUGGACACUUGAAAACAAGAUGGUGCAUCUCAAGAGAAAUUUUAUUUCUAAUAAAUAAUUAAGUAUUCAGUGGUGGUACAGGUCGAGAGAAGAAUAAAGGUGGUUCAGUAAACAAGAUGUGUAAACUUGUCUGAGACUUCUGGAAGUUUAGGCUUUACCUCAGUGGGCUAAUGCUGUAUUAAGUCAUGUAGGCUGCAGAUGACUUGGGUUUGACACCCGGCCAGAGACAUUAUAAUAGCUUAACCUGUAACUGUAUGAUGUAAUUUCCAGAUGGUGCAUGGACAACAUUAUUAAUGCCUCUGAAAGAGUUUUAGUUUUACACUGUAGGGGCUGCUUGAUCCGAAUGUACUAUGCAUAAACCCCUAAUAACACACACUAUCCCCAUUCUGUCUCUAACAGAAAAAGCAGGUGACAGGAUACCUCCUGUUCUCCCUGGCCACUGCAGUCAUUGGCUCGCUGCAGUUUGGCUACAACACAGGGGUCAUUAAUGCACCUGAACAGGUUUGUAGGUUUAUUUUGUGUUUUCUUAUAACAGUGAAAGCAUGUGUGGGCUUUGGUUUUGUUAAACUGUACGUUAUGUUUAAUCGCUUUCCAUUAUGCUUGUGGAUAUUGUACUACUGAUUUGUAUUACACUGCACUUCAUUAAGCGUUAAAUCAAGAGAUAAUAUCUUGAUUUAUCUAAUAAUUAUUUAUUGCUCUCUCUCCCUCUCUCCCUCUCUCUUCCUCCCCCUCACCUGUUUAGAAACUGCGGGCUUUCUUUAACAACACGUGGAUGGAGAGGUAUGGCGAGCCCAUCACACCAGGAACGUGUACCAUUGUGUGGAGCUUUUCGGUGGCCAUCUUUAGUGUGGGCGGCAUGGUGGGCUCCUUCAGCGUCGGAGUGAUGGCAGACAGAUUUGGGAGGUGAGUGGUGACCCAGUAUUCACCUAUUCACACCGGUGCCAUUUUUCACUGACUAUCGGUUGUUUUCUAAUGUUAACAUUUCCGAACAGGGUAGCAAGUGAAGUCUCAAUGCAAAAACCAAACAUGUUGACAUGUAGAUUAAAAACCACUGCACCUUCACACACUAACAAUAUUAUUUUAGUCAGGAUACUUAGAACAACAUUUCUAGUGCAUUGCCAGUCAUCUGCACUGAUUUUAAAAGACACAACCAUUUAUCAGCUACCCACACAUUGUCGAUGGUACAACAAUCAGCUGUGAAUAAAGUUUAUUAAAAGUAUUGGGAAUGUUUUCCUUAGGAGUGAAUUUAGUCACUCUCCAGUUCCGGUCCUUUCCUUGGUCUCUUUCUGUUUCUGCCUCUGCUAAGCUGUCAGAACCAAUUAAGCUCCAAGGAGUCAGUGGAGUGUGAUUGGAAUCACUGCAACAACAAAAAAUUCCUUCAACUAUUCCGUUGUUUCCUUCUCCCACUACUUCCUUCUACAUCUCACUCUCCCUCCCUCAUUACCUCUCUCUCUGUCUAUCUCUUACUCUACACAUUGUCUCGUAACCCUCCCAUAUGUGUGUGUGUGUGUCUCGGGUAUUGGGAUAAAGGAAAUUGUCCAUGUUCCUGGUCAACAUCCUGGCUGUGAUCGGAGGCCUCCUCAUGGGUUUCUCCACCCUCUGCUCUUCCUAUGAGAUGGUCAUUGCCGGACGCCUCGUCAUCGGCCUCUUCUGCGGCCUCUUCACUGGCCUUACACCCAUGUACGUGGGGGAGCUGUCCCCCACCCCUCUAAGGGGCGCCUUCGGCACCUUACAUCAGCUGGGCGUGGUGGUUGGCAUCCUGGUGGCUCAGGUCAGUCCUUGACGGCAGCCAUCUUGAUUUCUGCCCAUAAACAAAGGAAUAGUCUUAACACGUACGUUACCAUACCGUGUGUGCUUGUGAUGCUGGUAAUAAAGUCCCCAUAUAAGAAUAUUAUGUUUUAUGUGCGGGAAUAUUCUUAUAUGCAGUGAUGUAGUGUUAACAACAAUAGGUGGGUAAACGCUGAUCGCUGUUAGGGGAUAAUAAAGUUACACUCCCUAUACUUUCAAUGUGUUUUCCCGCAAAGGGUGGGUAAAUGUUCAUGCAAAAAAUAAAAGUGCGUAAACUGCGUUUACUUGCUUUUACCCUCCACUACACCACUGCUUAAAUGAUUAAGUCGUAGCCAGCAGACAUUCAGAUUUCUCAUCACGCACCCUUGCCACUUAACAUUGGAGUAAUGUCUUUGCCUAAUUAUUUGCUAUUUAUUGUAAUUAUUUAAUGAGUAUUACAUUCGUUUUUAAUGAGCGACUGCAUCUUUCUCUAGGAAUACAAUUCUUAAUAUUCUUCCCCUUCAUUUUCUUCCACACACUGUCAUGAACCUUCUCCAUUAGAAUUGCUUUAUAGAACUGCCUCUUCCAUUCCAUACCAUCAAUGGAUUAGUGUAUUGUUUAAUACUAUCAACCAUAGUGUAUAUCCCAUCAGUGCUUCCCAUCCCAUCAAUGUACAGUAUAUCCCAUUCAUGUUUGCAUGUAAGCUGUGGUGCUGUGAAUGAAACAUUCCUGGUAGUAAAGUUAAUCCUACUUAAACCUCUCUGUGUUGUAGGUCUUUGGCUUGGAGUCUCUGCUGGGGUCGGACAAGCUGUGGCCUCUGCUGCUGGCUCUGACGGUCAUCCCGGCCGUGCUGCAGUGUAUCCUGCUGCCCUUCUGUCCCGAAAGCCCCCGCUUCCUCCUCAUCAACCAGAACAAGGAGGAGCAGGCCCGCAAAGGUGGGUGCUCCAAGCCAUAGAAACCAUCAAAUUGUUGAGGUUUGAGGGAAUUUGCACAUUCUAGUAAUUCUAUAUCCAUGCUCCAAACGCAGUCAUUUACUCUGGACCGUCAGGAAGUUAAAUGGAAACACUUCAUUUAACAGUCCUAUUUUAGCUUGAAUGUUCCUGGAAUUGCAUCUAUUUGCGGAUAAAUAAUAUAGUAAAAUUGAGUAAUUUUGUGAGUGGUACUUAUAUACCAACAUACUGGUGUAUGUCACAAUAAAACAUACACUCAGUGGUCAGUUUAUUAGGUACACCACCCGUUCAUGAAAAUGGUUUGCUCCAAAAACAGUGAGUCACAUGGCAGUGGCUUGCUAUAUAAAGCAGGCAGACAGGCAUCGAGGCAUUCAGUUACUGUUCGAUUGAAUGUCAGAAUGGGCAAAACGAGUGACCUAAGCGACUUUGAGCUUGGUAUGAUUGUCAGUGCCAGGCACGCCGGUUCCAGUAUCUCAGAAACGGCCAGCCUCCUGGGCUUUUUACGCACUACUGUGUCUCGGGUUUAGAAAGAAUGGUGCGACAAACAAAAAACAUCCAGCCUGUGGCAGUCCUGCGAAAACAGCUUGUUGAUGAGAGGUCGAAGGAGAAUGGCAAGAAUCGUGCAAGCUAACAGACAGGCAAAUAACGGCACAGUACAACAGUGGUGUUCAGAACGGCAUCUCAGAACGCACAACUCGUCGGUCCUUGUCACGGAUGGGGUAUUGCAGCGGACAUCCACUCCUAUCAGCUAAAAACAAGAAGAAGCUGCUCCAGUGGGCACACGAUCACCAACACUGGACAAUUAAGGAGUGGAAAAACAUUGCCUGGUCCGAUGAAUCCCGGUUCCUGUUGCGUCAUGCUGAUGGCAAAGUCAGGAUUUUGAGUAAGCAGCAUGAGUCCAUGGCCCCAUCCUGCCUGGUGUGAACGGUACAGGCUGGUGGAGGUGGUGUAAUGAUGUGGGGAAUGUUUUCCUGGCACACUUUAGGUCCCUUGAUACCAAUUGAGCAAUGUUUCCAUGUCCCGAAGAAUUCAGCCUGUUCUGGAAGCAAAGGUGGAUCCGACCCGGUACUAUAUGGGUGUACCUAAUAAGCCCUCAAUGUACACUAUAUAUACAAAAAAUAUGUGGACACCCCUUGAAAUUACAUUUACAUUUACAUUUACGUCAUUUAGCAGAUGCUCUUAUCCAGAGCGACUUACAAAUUGGUACAUUCACCUUAUAGCCAGUGGGAUAACCACUUUACAAUAUGUUUUUUUUUUCUUUCUUUGGGGUGGGGUAAGGGGGGGUAGAAGGAUUACUUUAUCCUAUCCCAGGUAUUCCUUAAAGAGGUGGGGUUUCAAGUGUCUCCGGAAGGUGGUGAGUGACUCCGCUGUCCUGGCGUCGUGAGGGAGCUUGUUCCACCAUUGGGGUGCCAGAGCAGCAAACAGUUUUGACUGGGCUGAGCGGGAACUGUGCUGCCGCAAAGGUAGGGGGGCCAGCAGGCCAGAGGUGGAUGAACGCAAUGCCCUCGUUUGGGUGUAGGGACUGAUCAGAGCCUGAAGGUAAGGAGGUGCCGUUCCCCUCACAGCUCCGUAGGCAAGCACCAUGGUCUUGUAGCAGAUGCAAGCUUCAACUGGAAGCCAGUGGAGUGUGCGGAGGAGCGGGGUGACGUGAGAGAACUUGGGAAGGUUGAACACCAGAGGGGCUGCGGCAUUCUGGAUGAGUUGUAGGGGUUUAAUGGCACAGGCAGGGAGCCCAGCCAACAGCGAGUUGCAGUAAUCCAGACGGGAGAUGACAAGUGCCUGGAUUAGGACCUGUGCCGCUUCCUGUGUAAGGCAGGGUCGGCUAUUUCAGCCACACCCAUUGCUGACAGGUGUAUAAAAUCUAGCACACAGCCAUGCAAUCUCCAAAGACAAACAUUGGCAGUAGAAUGGCCUUACUGAAGAGCUCAGUGACUUUCAACGUGGCACCGUUAUAGGAUGCGACCUUUCCAACAAGUCAGUUCGUCAAAUUUCUGCCCUGCUAGAGCUGCCCCGGUCAACUGUAAGUGGUGUUAUUGUGAAGUACAAACAUCUAGGAGCAACAACGGCUCAGCCGUGAAGUGGUAGGCCACAAGCUCACAGAAUGGGACCGCCAAGUGCUGAAGCGCGUAGCGCGUAAAAAUCGUCUGUCCUCCGUUGCAACACUCACUACCGAGUUCCAAACUGACUCUGGAAGCAACAUCAGCAGAGCUUCGUCGGGAGCUUAAUGAAGUGGGUUUCCAUGGCCGAGCAUCCACACACAAGCCUAAGACACCAUGCGCAAUGCCAAGCGUCGGCUGGAUGGUGUAAAGCUCGCCGCCAUUGGACUCUGGAGCAGUGGAAACGCGUUCUCUGAAGUGAUGAAUCACGCUUUACCAUCUGGCAUCCCGACGGACAAAUUUGGGUUUGGUGGAUGCCAGGAGAACUCUACCUGCCCGAAUGCAUAGUGCCAACUGUAAAGUUUGGUGGAGGAGGAAUAAUGGUCUGGGGCUGUUUUUCAUGGUUCGGGCUAGGCCCCCUAGUUCCAGUGAAGGGAAAUCUUAACGCUACAGCAUAUAAUGACAUUAUAGACGAUUCUACGCUUCCAACUUUGUGGCAACAGUUUGGGAAAGGCCCUUUCCUGUUUCAGCAUGACAAUGCCACCGUGCACAAAGCGAUGUCCAUACAGAAAUGGUUUGUCGAGAUCGGUGUAGAAUAACUUGACUGGCCUGCACAGAGCCCUGACUGGAGGCUGAUAUAGCAGCAAAGGGGGAUCAACUCCAUAUUAAUGCCCAUGAUUUUGGAAUAAGAUGUUUGAUGAGCAAGUGUCCACAUACUUUUGAUCAUGUAGUGUCCAUUAAAUACCCUUGAAUGGUGUGAAUUGUGCAUGCCAAACAUAGGCCUGUGGCGUUAUUGCCCUUCCUCUGACUGGGCAUGAAUUUAAUGCAUACAGUGACAGGCUUAGACAGGACAGGCGAGACGGAAGCUUGUUGAGCCAAGAAAAGAGUCCUUGACUGACGCACAGCAUAGGCCAACAGCAGGUUUUGGCACCGGUCGCUACAGUAUUUCACACUGUGGGGGUCACCUGAGUGCAUGUCCUAAUCUCCUUCACACUGUUUUGUUUCAAACUCUUUGGUGAAUAAGAUAAUAAAAAAGGGAACAUUUGUUUUGGUCAGUCUUUUAUGUGAUGGAUACCAUUAUGAAAGAACUGGCAGGACCAUGGAACAAUGCUAUGACCAUGGAACCAUGCUACUGAACAAACAACUACAACGCAGGCAGGUUUUAGUGUUGGUGCUACUAUUUACUCAAUUAGUGUUUUUAAAGGUCCAAUGCAGCUGUUUUUAUCUCAAUAUCAAAUCAUUUUUGUCUAACAAUUAAGUGUCUUACUGUGAUUGUUUUAAAUUAAAAUGGUCAAAAUGAAACAAAGAAAGUGUCACGAUCGUUGAACGGAGUAGACCAAGGCGCAGCGUUGAAGGCAAACAUACUUUAUUAUCCAAAGUGAUAACACGAACAAAACAAUAAACGAUAACGUGACGUGACGUCCUAGGUUAAACACAACCAACACGGAACAAACCAAAAGGAACAAGAUCCCACAACACCUGUGGGAACACAGCCUGUCUAAAUAUGGCUCCCAAUCAGAGACAACCAGCAACAGCUGACACUCGUUGCCUCUGAUUGGGAACCACUCUGGCCAACAUAGAAAUACAAUACUAGACUGUGAACAUAGAACAAAAACACAUAGAAUCUACACACCCUGGCUCAACAUAUAGAGUCCCCAGAGCCAGGGUGUGACAGUACCCCCCCCCAAAGGCGCGGACUGCGACCGCGCCUCAACAUAAACCAAACAGGGGAGGGCUGGGUGGGCAUUCCUCCUCGGAGGCGGUUCCGGCUCCGGGCUUGCCCACCACCCUCCAAUAAUCCCCCCGUAGCGCCCCUGGUCCGGUCUGGCCCCGCUGGCUGGAGCUGGACUGGAUAUCGUAGGAGCGGAUUGCUUAAGCUCCGGUGUGGAGCAGCUGACCGGUACCUUACCAGGCACGGGUUGUGCCGGACUGACGACGCGCACCCCUGGCUUGGUGUGUGGAGCAGGAACGGGCCGGGCCGGGCUGACGAUGCGCACCCCUGGCUUGGUGCGUGGAGCAGCAACGGGCCGGACCGGGCUGACGAUGCGCACCCCUGGCUUGGUGCGUGGAGCAGGAACGGGCCUUACCGGGCUGAUGACUCGCACCCCUGGCUUGGUGCGUGGAGCAGGAAACGGGCCUUACCGGGCUGACGACUCGCACCCCUGGCUUGGUGCGUGGAGCAGGAACGGGCCUUACCGGGCUGACGACUCGCACCCCUGGCUUGGUGCGAGUGGCAGGAACAGGCCGGGCCGGGCUGGCGACGCGCACCGUAGGCUUGGUGCGAGGGGCAGGAACAGGCCGGGCCGGGCUGGCGACGCACACCGUAGGCUUGGUGCGAGUGGCAGGAACAGGCCGGGCCGGGCUGGCGACGCGCACCGUAGGCUUGGUGCGAGUGGCAGGAACAGGCCGGGCCGGGCUGGCGACGCGCACCAUAGGCUUGGUGCGAGUGGCAGGAACAGGCCGGACCGGGCUGGCGACGCGCACCGUAGGCUUGGUGCGAGGGGCAGGAACAGGCCGGGCUGGGCUGGCGAUGCGCACCGUAGGCUUGGUGCGAAGGGCAGGAACAGGCCGGGCCGGGCUGGCGACGCGCACCGUAGGCUUGGUGCGAGGGGCAGGAACAGGCCGGGCCGGGCUGGCGACGCACACCGUAGGCUUGGUGCGAGUGGCAGGAACAGGCCGGGCCGGGCUUGCGACGCACACCGUAGGCUUGGUGCGAGUGGCAGGAACAGGCCGGGCUGGGCUGGCGACGCGCACCGUUGGCUUGGUGCGAGUGGCAGGAACAGGCCGGGCUGGGCUGGCGACGCGCACCGGAGGCUUGGUGCGAGGAGCAGGAACAGGCCGGGCCGGGCUGUGGAGACGGAUAGGAGGCCUGGAGUGAAGAGCUGCCACAACCCGUCCUGGCUGAAUGCCUACCUUCACACACUCUGUGUGAGGCAUCAGCACAGGACGUACAGGGCUGUGUACCCGUACUGGCAUAACAGCACGUGACACUGGCGCAGGAUAUCCGGGACCGAGGAGAGGCACUGGAGGCCACGAGCGCUGAGCCGGCACACUCCGUCCUGGCUGCAUGCCCACCUUCGCACGACACGUGCGGGGUGCUCGCACAGGACGUACCGGACUAUGCCGGACCACUCGUGGCACAGUACGCAGUUCCGCAUACCCCGGAACCUGCCCAGUCUCAUGCUGCCAUGCCUGAGUACGGGGAGUUGGCUCUGCUCUCCAUCCAGGCUCCGCCAACCUGCCUUCUGGCCCCCCAAACCCGGUGGCCUCCUCUCCUAAUCUCCCAAUUCGCCCUGUGGCAGCCUCCUGCUGCCCAGUCGCCCAUGCCGUGUGCCCCCCCCUAAAAAUGUUUUGGGGUUGCCUCUCGUCCGUCCGACGACGACACUGUUGCCGCCGUUGCUCCUCUCUCGCCAGGGCCUUAACCUUAGCCCAUGGCCCUUUUCCCCCGAGCAUGUCCUCCCAGGACCACAAUUGGCCCACCUGGGCCAUCGCCAACCUCUCCAGCUCCUUACCCGGCGCUUCCUCCCAUGUCCAGGCUGCCUGCUCCUGGACACGCUGCUUGGUCCUGGUAUGGUGGGAUCUUCUGUCACGAUCGUUGAACGGAGUAGACCAAGGCGCAGCGUUGAAGGCAAACAUACUUUAUUAUCCAAAGUGAUAACACGAACAAAACAAUAAACGAUAACGUGACGUCCUAGGUUAAACACAACCAACACGGAACAAACCAAAAAGAACAAGAUCCCACAACACCUGUGGGAACACAGCCUGUCUAAAUAUGGCUCCCAAUCAGAGACAACCAGCAACAGCUGACACUCGUUGCCUCUGAUUGGGAACCACUCUGGCCAACAUAGAAAUACAAUACUAGACUGUGAACAUAGAACAAAAACACAUAGAAUCUACACACCCUGGCUCAACAUAUAGAGUCCCCAGAGCCAGGGUGUGACAAAAAGACUCUUAGCAAAGAGCAAUUUUUCAAGCAAUAAUUUUGCAUGGACUUUCGUGGAGUGGUCUGAGUGGGGAAGGAAAAACUGAAAACUAGCUGUUAUUGUCAUAGAGGUUUGAAACUCCUUAUUGGUCUAUUAACUAAUUUACCACCUGGUGAUGUCACCAGGCAGGCCAAAACUCCAUCCCACCAAAACAGGCUGAAAUUUCAGCUGUCUUUUCAAACAGCUCUUAUACUAAAAGGGCAUUAUCAUCAUUUUCACAUUUUAGGGGCCUCCCGAGUGGCGCAGCUGUCUAAGGCACUGCUUCGCAGUGCUGAGGUGACACUACAGCCUCGGGUUCGAUCCCAGGCUGUGUCACAGCCGACCGUGACCGGGAUCCCCAUAGAGCGGGGCGCAAUUGGCCCAGCGCCGUCUGAGUUAGGGGAGGGAUUGGCCGGGGGGGAUUUCCUUGGCUCAUCGCGCUCUAGUGACUCCUUGUGGUGGGCCGAGCUCCUGCAAGCUGACUCAGUCGUCAGUUGAAUGCCGUUUCCUCCGACACAUUGGUGCGGCUGGUUUCCGGGUUAAUCUUGCAGUGUGUUAAGAACGCAUGACUCGACUCGACCUUCACCUCUCCCAAACCCGUUGGGGAGUUGCAGUGAUGAGACAAGAUCGUAACUACCAAUUUGAUUUCACGAAAUUGGGGAGAAAAAUGGGGUUAUAAAAAUACAUAAUAAUACUUUUCACAAUUUCACAGUAUUAUUCCAAUGUCAUAGUGUGGAAAUAUAAAUAAAACACAGGAAAAUCACAUUUCUGACUGCGCUGGGCCUUUAAAAAUGUUUUGCGCCAAAUUUUUUACUUCAUUUCUCAAAGAAAAGGAUAUCUGUAUGAUAUUUUGUACAAAACUAAGAAGGUUUUAUGCACCUCAUGUAUUUCAAUAUUUUCUUUAACAUAUUGUCAUUGGUUGACUCUCUACUUACCUAAUGAUUUUACAAAUAUAUUGUCUCCUUUUAAAACUUGUAUGUCCUUCACAUUAUGGUGUCACUUAUCUGCCUCUCUCACUCCGCCAUUUUCUCCCCCCUAGCCCUGGUGCGUCUGCGUGGCUCCGAGGACGUGAGUAAAGACAUGCAGGAGAUGAAGGAGGAGAGUUCCAAGAUGGCCAUGGAGAAGAAAGUGACCAUCCCUGAGCUGUUCCGCACCGCAGCCUAUCGGCAGCCGCUCCUCAUCGCCGUCAUGCUCCACCUCUCCCAGCAGCUCUCCGGAAUCAAUGCUGUGAGUGAACUAUGACUCCCAGGUGGCCUCAGUACAAACACAUUCGAAUUAGUUGAAAAGUCACCAAGGAUAUCUCAAGAGGACAGCCUAACAAUACAGGGUCGCAUUCACUAGGCACGAAACUGAAGAAAAAAGGCAGAGACGGGGAGGUACUAUCUGAAUUUAUCCAAUAAAAAAUUAUGUGUGUCCUUAAGAAGAUGACCCAGGCUUCAUACAGAGAGGAACUGCAGCUGCCUAUGCAUAGUUGAAUAGUUGAAUGACAGCUGCAUUCAACAUGCCUUAUAUGCUUAAUGACUGCAUGUUUGGGAGAUUUGUUUGGAUUAUUCGAUGGAUUACUCCAUAGUGUUACAGUAUGAUAAAAUACCACUUUGAUAAGAUGUGGCUUCCUAUUCAUAGAUUAUGGCCUUGUUGCAGAUCAAGAACCUCAUUUUAUUGUUGCCCUCCCCCAACCCUUUUCAGGUGUUCUACUAUUCAACUGGUAUCUUUGAAUCAGCCGGUGUAACCCAACCCAUUUACGCCACUAUUGGAGCAGGAGCUGUUAACACUGUCUUUACUGUGGUAUCUGUAAGUAUAACAUGCUGCAUUUAUUAGUGUUUAUUGAGUUUAUGUGUGUAUGUAAUGUAUGUUUACUGUAAGGGAACUUCUUUCUCUGUUUUUGUCAGCUCUUCCUGGUCGAGAGGGUGGGACGAAGGACUUUGCAUCUCAUCGGAUUGGCCGGAAUGGCUGUCAGUGCCCUGCUCAUGACUAUUGCCCUCCUGUUGGUGGGUGUCAGUUUCUAUUGGUUGUCAUUCAACAUAACAGAUAUGUCAUUAAUUACAGUAAUUCCUUUUCAUUGCUAUUAUUGAUGAUAAUCUCCAUCUCCUUUCUCUCUAUCUCCCUCCCUCCCUCCCUCCCUCUUUCUUUCUUUCUUUCUUUCUUUCUUUUUCUUCUUUCUUUCUUUCUUUCUUUCUUUUCUUUUUCUUCUUUUCUUCUUCUUUCUUUCCCUUUCUUUCUUUCUUUCUUUCUUUUUCUUUCUUUUUUCUUUUUCUUUCUUCUUUCUUCUUUCUUCUUCUUCUCCUGUUCUUUCGUUCUUUCUUUCUUUUUAUCUCUCUCUCUCCAUCUCUUCUCUCUCUCUCUCUUUCUUCUCUUCUCUUCUCUCAUCCCUCUCUCUCUCUCUCUCUCUCAUCCUCGUCACUCUCCGGGAGAGACUCGUCUCUCUCCUCUUCAUCAUCUCUCUCUCCUCCGCUCCCUGAGCUACCUAAGCAUUGGGGCUGUGUUUCUGUUCGUGGCCAUGUUUGAGAUGGGACCUGGUCCUAUCCCAUGGUUCAUAGUGGCGGAGCUCUUCUCUCAGGGUCCGCGGCCUGCCGCCAUAGCCGUGGCUGGCUGCUGCAACUGGACCGCCAACUUCCUGGUGGGAAUCAGCUUCCCCAAACUGGAGGUGCGAGAGGUUUCUCUUGGUUUCCCAUUAGGGGCGAAUCCUAACUUCCACUUAAGUCAAAAUUUCAAUUAUUACAUUGACUAAUUAAAGUAAUUACUGACUUCCACUCAUUUUCUCUCUCUUUGUUUGUAAUUCUGUAGGAGCUCUGUGGGCCUUACGUCUUUAUCAUCUUCAUGAUCUUACUCCUCUUCUUCUUCAUCUUCACCUUCAUCAAAGUCCCAGAGACCAAGGGCAAGACCUUUGACGAGAUCGCCCGCGAGUUUGGCGGGGGCCCCCUGCCACCUGCCACCUCCGUGGAAGCUCCUGCCACUAGUAGCAGCAUAACACUUCCUGCCUCUCCCAUCAAGGAGAAGGUCCCAUUGGUGGAGGCGGCAGCAGCAGAGGAUAAGUCCAACUCAACUGUACAGGAGAGCUUGUAG